AUGAUCAUACUUGACGACUCCGACGAGCUACUUAAUUCCAAUAAGUUCCUUACUGACGACGCCCGCUCGGUAGUCCGUCCUUGUACCCCUACCCCGUCUCUCCCGAGCUACGAGUCUUGCCAGUCUCUGCCGAUCUCUGAACAGCCAUGCUUAGAGCACGAUCGUCGUGUCCAAGCGCAGCAGGAUCACCAAGCGCGACAGCAACAGCAAGACCAUCAAGCACACAGGGGAUGCUGGCCCAAACACACCAAUGCUCGCUUCAAGCGAGGGAUGCUGUAUGCUCUUGUAGUAUAUUUUGUUCUAACGGUGGCUGUUGGAGUUCCUGUCAUCGUAGUGAAAUUGCGGCAUCGAAGCUACGAGCGACAGGCGAUGUACUCAGCAAGCUCAACGACUACCAGCGCGCCCAGCUUGAUCGCCGACAGCGACGACGCCCCAUUACUCGAGAGCUCUGCUGUGAGCUGCAACGAUUGGACAAAAUUGGCGGACGAUCUGUCAAUGCUACAAUAUUCCGUGCCCCUCGACGGCCUUAUCUUUGUGUACUCCAACGUGUCAUAUCAAUCCAACGUGACCAAUCCUCAAAACAUAUCCGGUUCUCUCUUGGUGGACGUCAACUCAGACCCCACUAUCGACGAUGCGCUGGUAUCGGUGUCAAUGCACUACUCCAACCCGAGCUUGAUAGACCGUACAAACGUGUGUCUGCUCAACAUAUCGAGCAGCAACGGAGUCUAUCUCUACGUUCCAACCGACAUAUCAGAAGACGAGACCCUAAGCUUCAAUGUGACAUUCCUAUUUCCACAGGCGCCGUCCCUGCACAUAUCCCAAUUCACCACAAGACUACCCAUUUUCACACAGCGCUUCUCGGACCUCUCGUAUAUUGACUUCGACAUGGUGACCAUUGCUGGGCCAAAAUCAGACGUUCAUGUCGAGGCGAUGAAUGCCUCCUCACUCACAGUGACUACUGCGCUGGCGGAGAUUGAGGGAUCGUUCAAUGUUUCUCGAUCUCUCGUGUUAGAGACUAUCUCCGCGCCGAUCGAUGCAAACAUUUCUUUAUAUAAUGAUGGAUUCAUCAAUUUGCCCACUUUCCUGGACGUAAGCACUGGCAAUGCAGCUUUAAAUGCCAGUGUUCAGUUAUACCUGCCCCCUGCUGCCCUCCCAGCGCAGAAAGCACCUAACUUUAUAACCAAUUUCCGGACCUUCAAUGCACCUCUUGCUGUCGCGGCCACACACUUGUUAGAUUCGUCACCCGCCACACUCAUGUUGCACGCCGAGAGCAGUGUUGGAAAAGCGUUUCUGAGUAUCGACAACAAGUUCAGCGGUACAUUCGAUGUCAGCACUACCUUCGAGACCGCAGACGUGAUCACUUCAUCUAUCGAUACCAUUGGUGCCCUUGCGCAAUAUGACUUGGGGGUGUACGAACCGGUCUCACUGACGACUGCUGUCGAUACCACAUCGGAACGAAGGGUUGAUUUCGAUACCAUACAGUCCUCAAAACUUGCUGGAUGGGUAGGUUCUGGUACCCGGCCUUCGUCAUACCCGUCCUUUUCUUGGAAAAACGGUAACGGCCAGGGUCAUUUGGACCUCGUGUCGACGCUCGGUCCCGUCGCGCUUUUCCUUAACCCAUAA